AUGGCAACGACAACGAUCGAGACGAGCAAAACUUCUGCUGCAGGACAGAGAGAUCUGUCUCAAUACGAUUUCACUAACCGGGAGCCGUACGUACAUCCGCCUGAGACGAAGAAAGAUCUUCCCUGGGCCGAGCUUGUUACGCUUGACCUCGAAGAUUACACUCGCCCGGGUGGAAAAGAGCGAUUGUCGAAACAGCUCGAACAUGCCGUCCAUCAUGUCGGGUUUUUCUACGUAAAGAACUUUGGCCUCUCGCAAGAACAGGUCGACAGACAGUUCACACUGGCAAAGCACUUCUUCAAGCUCCCAACAUCUGAAAAGGAGAAGUACGAAGUCAACUACGCAGAAGCCGACUACAAUGGGUGGCGGCGUCCCGGUCGUUCUCUGAUCGCGCAGGCAAAGGACAAUAUCGAGAUCUACAACAUCCCCAAAUUCACCGAUGACUUCAAGGGCAAAUACGAUCAGCCUGACCUCCUCAAGGCUCACCUCCCUGAAAUUGAAGUCUUCCAGAAGGCAUUGCACUCAAACGUGGUGCUUCCCCUGCUGCGUCUCUUCGCCAUCGUACUCCAGCUGCCAGACGAGGACUACCUUGUCAAGUAG